UGCCCGGACAAGUUGGAGCCCCGCGGACUGGCGGGUCCGAGUCGGAUCCCCCUGGCUCCAGCCCACGUGACCUGCCGCCGCCUCCGGCCGCCUGCACCAUGACCCAGCCCGUGCCUCGGCUCUCUGUGCCCGCCGCGCUGGCCCUGGGCUCGGCCGCGCUGGGCGCCGCCUUCGCCACUGGCCUCUUCCUGGGGAGACGGUAUCCUUCAUGGCGAUUCCGGCGACAGCAGCGCCUGUUGCCCCCUGAAGACAGUCCCUUGUGGCAGUAUCUGCUGAGCCGCUCCAUGCGGGAGCACCCGGCGCUGCGAAGCCUGAGGCUGCUGACCUUGGAGCAGCCUCAGGGGGAUUCCAUGAUGACCUGUGAGCAGGCCCAGCUCCUGGCCAAUCUGGCGCGGCUCAUCAAGGCCAAGAAGGCGCUGGACCUGGGCACCUUCACCGGCUACUCCGCCCUGGCGCUGGCCUUGGCGCUGCCGCCGGCCGGGCGCGUGGUGACCUGCGAGGUGGACGCGGGGCCCCCCGAGCUGGGGCGUCCCCUGUGGAAGCAGGCCGAGAUGGAGCACAAGAUCGACCUUCGGCUGAAGCCCGCCCUGGAGACCCUGGACGAGCUUCUGGCGGCGGGCGAAGCCGGCACCUUCGACGUAGCGGUGGUGGACGCGGACAAGGAGAACUGCGCCGCCUACUACGAGCGGUGCCUGCAACUGCUGCGCCCCGGAGGCGUGCUCGCCGUCCUCAAGGUCUUGUGGCGCGGAGAGGUGUUGCAACCUCAGCAGGGGGACGUGGCGACAGAGUGCGUGCGAAACCUAAAUGAGCGCAUCCGGCGGGACGUCAGGGUCUACAUCAGCCUCCUGCCCCUCGGCGACGGCCUCACCUUGGCCUUCAAGAUCUAGGGCUGGCCCCUAGCGGGUGGACUCGAGGGAGGGAAACUGGGAACCCCAGGCAUUGACCCUGAGUUUUAAAUAGACAAUAAAACGGAGCUGGGACACACGA